AUGGCAAAUCAUCCUAAGGGUAAUAUAAAAAAACGGAGUUCAAGGGCAAAUCUAUUUAAUAAGGUAUACUCAGAUGAUGAUGCUGAUGAUACUUUAAAAAUAAAUGAAGUAAGUGUUCUAAGUAUUUCAGACACUACUGAUGACUCAGAAAAUGAUCAUUUUAAUGAGAACUUUAAUGAAAAUUCUGAUGGAGAGCUUAUUAGCGCAAACUGGGGGACGAAGAAAGAGGAUUUUUAUGAUAAUAAGACUUCUAGUGAAAAUAGUGAUAACGAAGAUUGGUCAGAUAUAGAAAUGCAAGAAGAAGAGGCUAGGAAGAUUCAGAAAACUAGAUAUUCAAGACUAGACAAGUUAGAUUUUGGAAUUGAGGAUAUUAUUAAUCAUGAUCAGGAUGAAAAUAAAGAUGAAGCUUUGCAAUCUAAUCCUCUAGGCCUAUCGGUAAACGAUGUCAAUGAUCUAUUAAACAGCUUUGGUCAACUCUCAAAGGGAAGUAACAAAGAAUUAAUUAAUUGUAAUGAACAAAUAGAUAAACAUACUAUGGAUGAUUUAGUAAAAUUAAAUCCUGACAUAAUUCCUAUCCUAAAAGAUAUGAAGGAAAAAAUUAAAGAUGUGAAGGAAAAGGUAGAUCAGUUACAAAUGAGGAUUCAUAUAGAAAAAUCUAUUGAAAAUAACCAAGAAAGAUUGUUAACAGAUAAGGGUAUUAGCUACUUAGAAUGCAAAAAUAUACUUUUAAUAUCUUAUAUUGGCUAUUUAUGUUAUUAUAUGAUGCUUAAGUUAAAUCCAAAUAUAUCUAUAAAAGAUCAUCCAGUACUUUUACGCUUAAUAACCCUACGUACAAUGAUGGAUAAGCUUAGGCCUAUCGAUGUGAAAUUACAGACAUAUAUUGAUAGAGUAACUCAAACUGCAAAUAGAUCAGGGAAAAUAGAUGAACUUAUGAUUACUCCUAGACCAGACAGACUAGUUUUAGAUGAUGAUGAAAAUGACAACUUUAAAGCCGAGAGUGUUGGUCAGUAUGAAGAGGAAUCUGAAGAUAGGUGUGAUAUUGAUGAAGAUAGGAAAUAUAAGGCACCUAAAAAUAUACCAGUUGAAUUCAAUGAAAAAAAGCUUAGUAGUACUGAAAAAAUUAUGAAGGAACUUGAAAAAGAAAAGCAAAGGUUGCUUCGUACAGAUAUUAUUCGUCAAAUAAGAUCAAGCAUACAAGAAGGCCCGGAAUUAAUAGGGAAGGAAGAUGAUAUUGAACAAUUACCACAAUUAGCAAAAUUACAGAGACGUAUACAGAAACGUCUGGAAUUUGAGGAGCAGAAUAUGAUGAGAUUACCUAAAGGUAAGAAGGAUAAAAAGGAAGAAAAACUCUUUAAGGAGCUUAUAUCCCAGGUUGAAAGUGGUGUAAACUCAUUGGAUGACUUACUUCAAUUUGCCGAGAAGACUACAAAUAUGGCAACUAAUGUUGAUAAUCAUGCAUUGUCAAGGUAUAUAAGCCACUCACAAAAACUUGAGGAAGAUAUUAAAAAGGCCACUUUUGAUCAUUUCAAUUGUGACAGGAGUAUUUCCGACAAAAUAGCCAGAAGAAACAAAGCAAUUAACGAGAGAAGACAUAGGGAAAAGUAUGAAACAGAUCAUACCCUUAGUAAUAAUGAAGAUAAUGAUCCUGUACAGUUAUCAGACAAUGAAUAUCUUGAAGAAAUUAAUGAAUACAAACAGGAAAAGCAACAUAGCAAAGCUAAAAGGAAACAGGAAUUUGAUGAGGUCCGUAUGCCAAAUAUUGAAGAUUUAGUUGAAGGGGACUCUAGAAGACUAGCAACUGAAGAUAUCAUAAAGAAUAAGGGUUUAACUAGGAAACGCAAGAAGAUCGAAGGUAAUUCAAGGGUACACAAUCGAAUUAAGUACAAAAAAGCGUUGAAGAAAUUGAAGGGUAUCAAAAGAGAUAUAAGACCAUUUGAAAAUGAUUAUAGUGGAGAAUUGACAGGACUUAAGUCAAAUAUAAAACGAUCUAUGAAACUUUCAUAA